AUGGACCGACGGCGAUUAUCAGUUGAUCACGAUGACACACGACAAGCAAAACGGCAUAAGGCCAUCGCUCACCGAUACGAAGUCCCUUCAUAUGCCCGCUAUACCGUCGCAUGGAUUUGCGCGUUGCACAUAGAGAUGGCCGCGGCGCGCGCCAUGCUCGAUGAACGACAUCCUAGUCUCCCCGGGCGAGUCAAUGACACCAACUCAUACGUCCUGGGAACCAUGCAUAAACACGACAUUGUUAUAGCCUGCCUACCAGCAGAUCAGUAUGGGACGAACAAUGCCGCAAGCGUUCUCAGCAACAUGAAAAGCACUUUUCCCAAUAUCAAAAUUGGUCUAAUGGUGGGAAUUGGUGGCGGGGUUCCUACCAAGGCCGAUAUACGACUUGGGGAUAUCGUUGUAGGCAUCAGGGUCAUGCAAUUUGACCUUGGAAAGACAUUGAGUGGAGGUUUCCAGAGGACCGCCAUUCCGAAGAUACCCGACAGUUCUAUCCGUACCGUCAUUUCGAAUCUACGAUCUGAACAUGAGUUGAAGACUAGCCGAGUCCCAAUGAUCCUCGAGGAUAAGAUGAACGAGUACCCUGCAUACUGCCUACCAGAUGAAGCGGACCGCCUUUUUCAAUCGACAUACAGUCAUGAGUCGUCGAAAUCUGAUUGUGAUAGGUGCGACCAAUCCAAGCUGGAACCAAGAAAGAUUCGUGGCUCAACAAAUCCUGUCAUUCACUACGGUGCCAUUGCUUCUGGGAACCAGGUCAUGAAAGAUGCCACUACUCGCGACGAGAUCGCUCGCGAACUGGAUGUUAUCUGUUUCGAGAUGGAAGCUGCAGGUCUGAUGGACAUUAUGCCUUGUCUGCCGAUUCGUGGCAUAUGCGACUAUUCUGACUCCCAUAAAGCCAAAGAGUGGCAGCGCUAUGCAGCAGCAACAGCAGCGGCCUAUGCCUACGAGUUCCUGGAGGUUUGGGGAGGAGAUGCCCAGUCAGCCGAAAAUGAUCACUUACUGACCCAGAAUGAGAAUGUUAUACCAUCCGGGCGUUGUGAAAGACUGUUAGAAUACCUUGAUUUUGAAGACAUCGAUUCUCGAAAGAUCACCAUCAAGACUGCUUAUUCCAAGACUUGUCAAUGGUUUCUCAAGCAUCCUGACUUCCUUUCCUGGACGAACCCAGAGGAAAUAUCAAAGCACCAUGGCUUUCUUUGGAUCAAAGGCAAACCAGGAGCAGGCAAAUCAACAAUAAUGAAGUUCCUCUACUCAAGGGCGAAAAAAAAGGACCGCAAAUGCCAGACCCUGACAGGUUCUUUCUUUUUUAACGCUCGGGGAGCAGAGUUAGAAAAGACAGUUUCUGGCAUGUACAGAUCAUUGCUGUUGCAGCUUUUGAAGGGAUUUCCUGACCUUCAAUGUGUCUUGGACAACCCUGAAUUAGUGCCUCUAGCUCAAGCGGGUUGCCCCUCGCUCAAUGUUCUCAAAGACCUCCUUCGAAACGCGGUUCUAAGACUAGCUCAACGGUCUUUUACCUGUUAUAUCGAUGCUCUCGACGAGUGUGACGAGCAGCAAGUGAUGGACAUGGUCGAAUAUUUCGAAGAACUCGCCGAACAAUGUACAGAGGAUUGUGUGCGUCUUCAAAUAUGUUUCUCUAGUCGCCAUUACCCAUUCAUUGACAUAAGGCGGGGCCUUUGUCUUAUUCUGGAGGAACAAGCAGGCCAUACUAGCGACCUCGAGACUUAUAUCAAAUCUCAUCUACGAGUGAGAGACCCGCCACUGCUAACAGAGCUCCAAGAAAAGAUGCUUGAGAAGGCUGCCGGGGUGUUCAUGUGGGUUGUCCUCGUUGUUGAGGUAUUGAAUGCUGAGAAUCGUCGUGGCCGUCUUUCCCUUAAGACAAGACUCGAAGAGGUUCCUAGUGGAUUGAGUGAGUUAUUCAAGGACCUUUUGAGGAGAGACAAAACCAAUAUGGAAGAAUUACUGCUUUCUAUACUGUGGAUUCUUCUUAGUAAGCGGCCCCUGAAUCCAGAGGAAUAUUAUCAUGCUCUUUGGUCAGGUCUCUCGUUAGAAGGAUUAGCAGAUCUUGACCUCCCAGGGAGCAACGCAGCUGACGCCAAUGAUUGCUUUGAUCGAUGUGUGAUCAGCUCAUCGAAAGGACUUGCAGAGAUCACAAAGGCGAAGCAACCGACAGUCCAAUUCAUACAUGAAUCGGUUCGAGACUUUCUCAUCAAAGAUAAGGGCCUCCACGAGCUAUGGCCCGAAAUUAGAGCAGAUUGGGAGAGCUUCGGCCAUGACAGGCUGAAGCUAUGCUGCCACUCUUAUGUCAAAGUUACUGAGACUGAGAGACAGCAACCCUUACCACCUGAUAUGGAAAAGACCUACCCCUUUCUGGAAUACGCCAGCCAAUUCGUUCUACACCAUGCCGAUCACGCUAGUAACGCGGUUUGCCAGGAAGCUUUCUUGAAUCAUUUUCCAACUUCUAUAUGGAUUACCAUUGUCAACACCUUUGAGAAGUACAAGAUUCGAAGAUACACUGGAGAUGCAACACUUAUCUACAUUCUGGCAGAUCGAGACCACUCUGGUCUGAUUCGCACAUUAGUGAAAGCUGAUCCUGAAAAUCACGACAUCAAUCGUCCGGCAGAAAAAGAAAGAUACCGAUAUCCUCUCAUAGCUGCCAUGGCCAAAGGACAUAAGAAUAGCGUGGUUGAGCUCUUGGGUUUGCCUUCAACUGUAUACGAUGGAGUUGAUAUCACUGAAGCUUUGGUACGCAACAUAGAUACUCAAGUGCAACGUGAUCGCAAUCCACUAUUGUGGGCUUGUGAGCACGGUCACCUUGCAAUCGUCAAAAUACUUUUGUCAAAGCCUCAGCACAAACCUGAGAACAGCAAAAAUGCUUGUACACCGCUCAUGCUUGCGUCAAAGAAUGGGCAUAUAGAGAUCGUAAAGUUUUUGAUUGACGACGGAGCGGAUAUUCAUGCCAACAUCAAGCAAGAAAAUGCUAUCUCAUUAGCAUCAGCGAACGGCCACGUUGGAACAGUCAGGAUUCUAUUUGACGCAGGAGCAGACCCUUGGUAUCGUAACGCCCAGGGCGCUUCUCUACUAUGUCUUGCUGUAAGGAGCACUAACGAGCAAGUGGUGAGGUUCUUCUUGGAAGAAGUUGCAAUCAAUAAUGAGGAGGGAAGCUUUGGUUUUGUCAACAGGAAGGAUGAGUCUGGUUUAACACCGCUUCAUUAUGCUGUACGUCAAAAGGGGUCUGUGGAGGUGAUGGCAUUGCUCCUUGCAUAUGGAGCAGAUAUUCAUGCCCGAGAUUUCAAAGGUAAUACAUGCCUCAUGUUGGCGGUAACAAAGGAAGGAGUGGAAUUUCUGCUCGAAAAUGGAGCAGAUGUCACUACUCAAAACGAAGAUGGCUUCUCGUGUCUGCAUGAAGCAAUACGUAGCACAACUCUUUUUAUGAACUAUCGGCUCUUGGUCAAGAUCUAUCCGGUCUUGCUCAAGAACGGAGCAAACGUCAAUGCACGAGAUCGUCACGGCAGGACGUGCCUACAUCUUAUUAGCUCAAUUACUUGGACUUUGCCACCCAUGGACGCUGUGUUUCGACUUCUUGAUUUGCACAAGAUCGAACCAAACGCUCGCGAUUACGUUGGCAACACACCUUUGCACUAUUUGUACCAGGCUGAACGCGCGGCAUUAUCACCUUUCCUCAAACAAUUCAGCGUGGAUUUAAACGCAAAGAACCAUAAAGGGGAGACACCAUUGCACCAUGCUUCACAGAUGGGAACUAUCCAUUUCGUAAGGACGUUGUUAGAACGAGGGGCGAAUAUCAAUUCUGUCGACAACAACGGCCAAACACCACUGGAUCGGGCGUUUAGUAAAGACCUUGUGGAUCUUCUUGUCGCAAAAGGCGGGAUUAAAGGCACCAUAUCACGUACGGAUGGCUGA